UUUCCCUAGUUAAUUUCUUUGGUAAACAAAAUUAAAGGAUGAGUGAACUGGAACAGUUGAGGCAGGAAGCUGAACAACUGCGGAAUCAGAUCCAGGAUGCUAGGAAAGCGUGUAAUGAUGCGACACUUAUUCAGAUCACAUCAAAUAUGGAUUCCGUGGGUCGAAUACAAAUGCGAACAAGACGUACACUGAGAGGUCACCUAGCUAAAAUCUAUGCUAUGCACUGGGGAUAUGAUUCAAGGCUACUUGUCAGUGCUUCCCAAGAUGGAAAAUUAAUUAUUUGGGAUAGCUAUACAACAAAUAAGAUGCAUGCUAUUCCUUUGAGGUCCUCCUGGGUGAUGACCUGUGCUUAUGCUCCGUCUGGUAAUUAUGUUGCUUGUGGAGGACUGGACAAUAUCUGCUCUAUAUAUAACUUAAAAACCAGAGAGGGAAACGUGAGAGUGAGCAGAGAGUUACCGGGUCACACGGGCUACUUGUCCUGCUGUCGUUUCUUAGAUGACAGCCAAAUUGUUACAAGUUCGGGAGAUACAACUUGUGCAUUAUGGGACAUUGAGACUGCUCAGCAGACCACCACAUUCACCGGGCAUUCUGGAGAUGUGAUGAGUCUUUCUCUGAGUCCUGACAUGAGGACUUUUGUUUCUGGUGCUUGUGAUGCCUCUUCCAAAUUAUGGGAUAUUCGAGAUGGAAUGUGUAGACAGUCUUUCACUGGACAUGUGUCAGAUAUUAAUGCUGUCAGUUUUUUCCCUAAUGGAUAUGCCUUUGCCACUGGCUCUGAUGACGCCACUUGCCGGCUCUUUGACCUUCGUGCAGACCAAGAAUUGUUACUGUAUUCUCAUGACAAUAUCAUCUGUGGAAUCACUUCCGUAGCCUUCUCAAAAAGUGGGCGCCUCCUGUUAGCUGGUUAUGAUGACUUUAAUUGUAAUGUAUGGGAAACGCUAAAAGGAGAUCGUGCAGGUGUUCUUGCUGGUCAUGACAACCGUGUCAGCUGUUUAGGUGUAACCGAUGAUGGAAUGGCUUUGGCAACAGGCUCUUGGGACAGUUUUCUUAGAAUCUGGAAUUAACACUGCAUACACAUUUUCUGUUCUCCAUUGAUAUCUGGAGAAAUCAGUGUUACAGCCUAGAGCUGUGAAAAAAGUUCUACCUUAUAUUUGCAGGUGAGGAUUUUUCUAUUGAGAUUAUUAUAUACAAAAAAGAUGCUUUCAGUAAACUAUAAAACAAAAAAAAGGUGAACAACACAAGGCAAAGGUGCUUGCUGAGAUUAAAGGACCAGUGGAUUCAACUGAGGAGCUGAGCUAAUUUAACCUUGCUAAAUUUUUGCUUCUACUCAGUCUAAUUAUUCUUUGUGUAGAACAGACUGGAUGCAUUAUAACAACCUAUCAUGUUUGUGUUUGUAUUUUUUAAGAACUACAUUUUUAACUUCAUAUAUAAUAGGCAAUGUCACAUUUUU